UACAGUGUGCAACACGUGUUUAAAUACUUUUUUUCGGUAUUAGUGUACGCUUUUUGUGAUUUACUCCCUUGAUUUUGUUUCUGAAAUACUUAUUAACCGGUAAAGCUUUUCCUCUCCAUGUGAUUUCUCCAGUAGUAUAAAAUUUUGAUGAAAAAAUGGGAUUAUUUGAACUUAUAUUUAUUAAAAGUCGGUGGUGGAACAAACUCAGGCCAGUUCGUCAUAGAAGAAAUAACUGGUGUAAUUCGUCUACAUUCCAAACCCAUCUCGCUGGAUCGUGAUAAAUAUGAACUGAACGUCACUGCCAUGGACGAUGGAGCAUGUUGCGUCAACGGAGACCUUACCAUACAUACCAGUACGGCUGUGGUGGUGGUUUUCAUAACUGACGUCAAUGACAAUAAACCCAUGUUCAAAGACUGCGGAACUUAUUACCCCAAGGUCGAGGAAGGAGCACCCAACGGUUCUCCCGUUAUUAAGGUUCAUGCCACUGAUGAAGACAAGGGCGUCAACGGCCAAGUCAAGUAUUCUAUUGUACAGCAGCCUAACCAGAAAGGCACUAAGUUCACCGUGGACGAAGAAACUGGCGAAGUGUCGACGAACAAAGUGUUUGACAGGGAAGGAGACGACGGCAAGUUUGUAUCUGUCACUGUGAAGGCCACCGACCAAGGCGAACCAAGUCUAGAGGGCGUUUGUUCCUUUACAGUGGAGAUAACGGAUGUUAACGAUAAUCCACCAUUGUUUGAUCGACAGAAAUACGUCGAAAAUGUGAAACAAGACGCCAGCAUUGGCACCAAUAUACUUCGAGUUUCCGCUUCCGACGAAGAUGCCGACAACAACGGAGCCAUUGUGUACACACUCAGCGCUGGAUCCAACCCUGCCGAUCUGGAAUACUUCGAAAUCCAGCCAGAAAGUGGCUGGAUCAUUUUGAAGAAACCCUUGGACAGAGACAGGUACCGAUUGCGCGUGCGCGCCUCCGACCGCGGCACGCCCCCCUCCUUUGCCGACGUCGACAUCGAGCUCGAUGUCGUGGACAGAAACAACAAGCCGCCUCUGUGGGACAGAGAUACGUUGAGCCCCAUCCACAUUAAAGAAAAUGUCACAGUGGGAACUGUGGUCACCUCGGUCAAAGCCAGGUUUCGCGAGACCUACAAGCUCGAGGCCACCGCCCAGGACAAGGGCUACCCGCCCCUCGCCCGAUCGGUGGAGGUGCAGAUCGACGUGGUCGAUCGGGCCAAUAACCCCCCAGUGUGGGACCACGUGGUCUACGGCCCGAUCUACAUUAGGGAGAACUUCCCGGUGGGCGCAAAGGUAUACUAUUACAUCGUCGAAUCACCGAGGAACGAAGGCAAGGACUUUUUCGAAAUCAACAAGGAGACCGGGGAGGUGUUUACCAAGGUGGUGUUCGAUAGGGAGAAGCAGGGGGCAUACGCUUUGGAAGUGGAGGCGCGGGAUGGGGCACCGUCGGCCAGGCCUAACAGCGACAACGAACCCAAUUCAG